AUGAACAAUAAUUUCUGCCGGGCCUUGGUGGACCGGAGGUCCGUGGCUUCCCCCAGCUGUAUGCAGCUGGGGAUUGUGGCCCCUCCUGGGCAUUCCCACCUCCCCCCGACAGAGUCUUUAAUGAGCAUGCCUUUCCUGCUGUACCCCAGCAAUGUGGAGCCAGCCUAUUAUGACACAUAUAGUGGGGUGUUCCCCUAUGUCCCGUUCCAUGGCCCCUUUGGAGUCUAUGACUACCCAUUUGAGCCAGCCUUCAUCCAGAAACGCAAUGAGAGGGAGAGGCAGAGGGUAAAGUGUGUCAACGAGGGAUACGCCCGACUUCGGGGGCACCUUCCAGGUGCACUAGCAGAGAAGAGACUCAGCAAAGUGGAGACCCUUCGAGCUGCCAUCCGAUACAUCAAAUACCUACAAGACCUUCUUAGCACAGCACCAGAGGGCACGGCUUCCACGGCUAGCGGUAAUCUCCUGAGUGGAGGACCAGCUCCCAACCCUCCUCCUGGCCCUCUGACGGACUGCACCAGUGAUGGUGAAUCCAAGGCCUCUUCCUCCCAGGUCCCAGAGUCUUCCUCUUCAUCUUACUUUUCCUCAUCCCCUUUCUGUGAAUCAGAGGAAUCUAGCCACUAG